AUGGAGUUGUUUCUCCCAUUUUCAGCGACUAUAACCGCAAUUGUUUUUUGUUUUCUACUAAAAUUCCUGCUGCAAAGCUUUAAAGGAAAGAGAGUGAAAAACACAGAACCACCUCAAGUCAAGGGCCGAUGGCCAGUAAUCGGACACCUGCGCCUUCUAGGUGGACCUGAACUACCUCACAGGGUCUUAGGUGGAUUGGCAGAUAAAUAUGGCCCUAUUUUCAGCAUCAAGCUUGGUGUUCACAAUGUUUUGGUGGUGAGUAGCGCUGAGAUGGCGAAAGAGUGCUUUACCACAAACGAUAAGGUGUUUGCAAGUCGACCCAAGUCAAUGGCAGUAGAACACAUGGGCUAUAAGUAUGCCAUUUUGGCUCUAGCUCCUUAUGGGGACUACUGGCGACAAGUGCGCAAGAUCAUGACUCUGGAGGUUCUCUCUCAGCGACGUGUGGAGAUGCUUGGACCUCUUCGUUCUUCAGAGGUUAAAGCAUCCAUGGAAGAUAUAUAUAACGCUUGGGUAAAGAAUAAAGAGAGUGGAAGUUCCGACAUGGUAAAGGUGGAUAUGAAACAAUUGUUUCAGAACUUGAUAUUAAAUGUUGUCGUCAGGGUUGUUUCAGGAAAAAGGUUUUCACCUGAUGACAAAGAAGGUGUUCGAUUUCAAAAAGAAAAGGCAUCACCACCACCGCAAGGUGGUGGCUGCCGCCAUGCACCACCGCCGGCCACCUCAAGGUUGUUUGUGUGUGUAUGUUUAGCUUAG